AAAAAAUAUAAAAAGAGACCAAUCAAAAUAAUAAACGCUUUUAUUUCAGGUAAACUGUUGGGCCACUUGUUCACUAUAGUUGAUAUUUGUUGCAAUGAAAGAGAUCAACACAUUAUUAGUUUAUCUACUGCACGUGUAUUUCGUGUCUGGGAUAUUCACACACUAACUAGUCUACAGGUUUUUACGGACAAUGAGGAGAGGCCUGGGGAGAAGAGAAUUUACUCUAUGUUAUUUGACAACAAACAUGAGAGGUUGUUAACAGGGUCUAGUGUCAUAGAUUCCUGGCCACUCACCAGGGCGGUACAAGACACAAUGCAGGUCCCUCAUACACAUGACCGUCCCCUUAGUCAGCUUGUAUAUAACAAAGACCUAGGUCAGGUGGUGACAGUAUGUACAGAGUCAGUGCUCAAGGUGUGGGAGAUGGAGAGCGGGAAGUUGGUGUAUACGAUAACUGAUGCUCAUAAAAACAGUAUAGAGAUAACUGCGCUUACACUUGAUUCAUCUGGGUACAGACUUGCCAGUGGUGCUUUUGAUGGAUCAAUAAAGAUUUGGGAUUUUGGUUCGGGUCAGUGUAUAAAGGAGAGACAGGGCAGGUCAUCAGAGGAGGAUCUCAGUAUUACGGGCCUCAUGUACUCUAAACUAGAGGAUGACAGGGUUCUUAUAGCCUCAGGAUGGAAUAAUAAACUUAAAAUACUCUUAGAUACAAACGAGAACUAUGACUUGCCAGUUAUUCGUGAAUUUAAUGACAUUUACUAUUACACUCAAGACGUUACUACAACUGCUCCAUCGAAUGCUUAUGACCCGUUUAAACAAGAUCCAUUGCCCGAUAUAAGUCGAGAAAGUCAGACGUCCAGACAAGAGUCGGUCAAAAUGACCGAGGAAGAAAAUGGUAGUCAGACCAGUCGGCCUCAGACAAUACGUGGAAUGUCAAAUCAUCAAAUGUCUAACUUAUUCAAAAAGGAAUACAUGUUGAUGGGGAAUGAGAUUUCAUGUAUGCAGACUUUUGGAACUAAUAUACUUCUAACUGGUUGUACUAAUGGCAAUAUCAUACAAUGGGACAUUGAGAAAUCUAGUGUGGAUAAAAUAUUCCAUUUACCAGAAGGGGACCAGCCAGUAAAUAACUCACGACAACAAAGUCGGGGUACCAGUAAAUCACAAGAGAAGAGGAUACACAGUAUUAAAAUAUUGGUGCAUAAAACUAGGAGACUAGAUCCAGCUUUCAUUAAGAAAGAGUUAUCUUUUCAUGAGAGUGUUAAAGCUGAAGAUGAUCCAGAUAAAGGUACAUCUACAGACAGGACUGAAUCUGGUACCCCAGAUAAAGAGAAAAGUGAAGAGCAAGAAAAAGAAGGUGCAGAGAAAGAAGGUAAUGAAGGAGAGAAGGACAAAGAUGAAGACAAUGAAGACAAGUCGGAUGAUGAUGAAGAAGAAAAGAAAGAUGAUGAGAAAAGUGUACAUGAUGAAGAUGAUGAUCCCGAGGUGAUCAGGGAACGUGAAAACGCUGCCAAAUAUAUCGUAGACACGUAUGACCCGAUCAUUGUUACUGUACACCAAGAUGCUUAUAUUAGGUUCUGGAACACUGAGGGAGAUGUAUUACGUGAGAUAACUGCGGUAACUAGGAGACAGGGAACUGCUGUCACGGCAAUAUGUCAUGAUGCCGACUGUAAUAUAAUGGUGACUGGAGAUCAUAAGGGUUAUUUGACAUUAUGGGAUAUUGGAAAGUUUUUGAGGAAUCCAGAAUCUGAGGAACCAGAUCUUGUGAAGCAAGUGAUAUGUUGGAGAGCUCAUCUUACUAAAGUUGUCUCCCUUCAUUUUAUCGACUCAGUGAAAGCGAUUCUUUCUGCAUCAACUGAUGGCUCAGCAAGAGUAUGGUGGGGAAGGAAAGGACGUUUUGUUGGAUUUUUCGGACAGCAUAGAAUCUUCAGCUUCCCAACUUCGGAGGAGAAAGCUGGUACACCAACGUUACCUUAUGACAUCACAGAGGGUCCGUUAGCCCCAGUUAAAACAAAGAGUGCCAUACAGAAGAUAAGACCAGUACAGAAAUACGAGUAUCCACUUAUCUUUGAUGAAGAUAGAUGGCAACCAUUUAAGAGAUCAGCUUACAUAAAACAAGGACAAGAAAAGAAGAAACCUUUGGAUCCUCAAGAUAUGAAAUUCUUUGAAGCUUUAAUAAAACCAAAGGCAUACAAUUACCAUUUAGAGGGUGUUGCUCCUGGGAAGAAGAGAGAUGGUGCUGUAUUUAGAGCUCUUCCUGUAUACAGGGUGCGAACCCCAGAUGUGCCUAAGACACCCCCUCUGGGUUCCUUUAGAAGUCACGUAGAUGUAACAGAUGGACCUCAACCAAAGCGAUCUACUGCUCAACAACCUAACCUCCGAGAUCGCCGCGGUGUGAUGACUAAUUCUAACUCUCGCUUCUCAACCCCCGCAUCCCAGCGUCAUCCAAGAAUGCAAAAACUUUAUCUUCAAAUGCAGGACAAACAAAAGGUGAAAGUUAAUAAGGAAGGCAGUUCGACGUCGUUUGCAGUGAGUCCACGUAGAAGGUCGGUGUUUGGGAAGGCAAGUUCGAUGGGCAGGUCAUCAGUUGUGAGUCUAUCAACAGGAACACCAAUGCUUCCAACCAUCACCACAACCCCAUCAUCAUCUAGACAGUUACCAUAGAAAUAGCUUUAUUUUAAUUUCAAAAUUGAUUAAAUAUAACAAAAUGCUGGCAAGUCCUUACUAGUUACUGACUGAAUUUAGACUUGCUAAACAAAUUUGGACUUUUUGAAUGUUUUGGACUUGUUGAACAUUUUGGACUUGUUGAACAUUUUGGACUUGUUCAACGUUUUGGACUUUUUAAACGUUUUGGACUAGUUAACUAUGGAAAUCAUAUGCACACAAAGUUUAGAAUAUAUGUGUACUGGUGAUUUUUUUAUGUCAUUGUGAUCAAAUCUUUUACACCAACUUUAUUUGAAAAGAAAACAAAAUAUUCAAGUACUGUUUGAAAGUGAAUUAUGACUAUGGGUGAAAAAAGCAUCUUUAUGUUUGAAAA